CAAGUUUUUUAGUCUUCUAGUCUUCAAUAUAUACUUUUUAGUUUUGUGCUUUCUCUUUUAUCCCAAUCUCUUUUCUCUCUUUCAUUUUGUCUAAACAUGGCGGAUGAGCUUUGGGACGAAAUACAGAAUUUGGAGUUGAGACAGGAGGGUCCUUCUUUGUUCAUCCCAAAUGAAGCAUACAUCAUGGUUGCAGGCCGGAACAGACUUAGCAUCAUUGCUCGACCUCUGAAUCCAAGGGUCCAAAACCUUCAGGCUAUUAUUACUGCUCUACCUAGAGCCUGGGGCUUAACAGCUCAUGUUCAUGGCAGGAUUAUAGAUGAUACAUAUGUGCAAUUCCUCUUUCAGUCGGAAAUGGACCUGCUAUCAGUUCAAAGGAGGGAACCCUGGCUUUUCAACAAUUGGUUUGUCGCAUCUCAACGUUGGCAGCCUGCUCCUGCUUUGAACUUUGUGACAACCAUUGAUCUCUGGGUUCAGAUGAGAGGUAUUCCCUUCCUUUAUGUAUCUGAAGAAACUGCUUUAGAAAUAGCUCAAGAGAUUGGUGCAAUCAUUUCCUUGGACUUUCAUGAUACUACAUCAACUCAGAUUGCUUAUAUUAGAGUUCGAGUUCGUGUUGGUAUUACAGACAGUUUAAGGUUCUUUCAACGCAUCACGUUUGAGUCGGGAGAAUCAGCUUUAAUCAGGUUUCAGUAUGAACGUUUAAGGCGUAUUUGUAGUAACUGUUUCAGGUUUACUCACAACAGAAACUACUGUCCUUACCGUCCAAGGGUUCAGAUUCUAGACAGAGAGAGAGCAGCUUUACAUGACAGUGUAUUAAGAUCAAGCAACAACUCUCAGUCUCAGAUGACUGAAAGUUCUUUCCCUGCUCCUUUAACCCCUCCUCCACGAGUGCCUGCACCACCACUGAAUCACCAAGAGUUAGCUGCUGCUACUCCCUACUUCCCAUCUAAGAACUGCAGCUUUCCAGCCUUACACUCAUCCUACUACUCAAAGUGGUAUUGGCAGACUUCAAGCUUCCCCUAAAUCUAACACUAAUCAAUCCUCUGUUGCUGCGCCCACACCAGGAGUCAGACGGGUUUAUGAAACAGGAGAAUCAUCAAGACGUGUUGAGGAUAGGGAAUCCAACAAUAACCUGCACCUUGGCGACUCAUCCAAACGCAAAAACAUGAUAAUCCUACAAUGUGAAAAGGAUUCACAAGAGAACAAGCAACAAGAAACAGAUCUAAACAUGGGAGGUAUUCCGAAACCUCCAAAGAAACGCUAACAUCACUCGCUUGAUCUAUCAAUUUUUUGAUUUACAACUAACAUGAUUUCAUGUUAAUGUUGAAGUUAAGAGUUUGAAUAAGAGUUCAGAUAUGGUCUCAGUAUCACUUUUUGGAACAUGACAUAUCUGAACUUCUUAACCUUUCCGGUUCCAAUUUGAAUGUUUGCUAGUUUGUUUGAUUUGCAACAUGGAACCCUCAUGUUUGGUUAGUCCAUGUUUUUAAAUUUUAAGAUGUUGUCUUCUGUCUGUACGUGGAUGAUUCCACUUUUGUAACCCUCACAAUCUGAAGUUUUAAUAAAAGGCAACACUUAUGAG